CUUCGAGAUCACCUGAAGAGCUCUCCGGCACCUGAGCCAUAGCUAAUAUUGUCUUGAGAACUUUAUAUUUGUACUGCUUGCUUACUAUUUGAAUAAACCACGGAGAAGUCUUCUGUGACCUGUUUUAGGAUGUUUGACAGAGCAACAAAGAAUCUGGUCCGACAGAUUGAUCCUAACGGUUCCCUGAUUGCGGCUUCCAGUCUAAAUGAUUCCAGAAAACUCCAGCCGCUUGCGGUGGUGCAGAAAACCCACAAAGUCUGGUUCUGGCAGCAAACUAAAUACAAACCCACAGGGUUCAAACUCAAUGACCUGCUGGAAGGGGAUCCAAUUAAACCAGUGUGUGAGGAGAAAGAGUUUGUAUCGGUUGAGGGAGAGUACAAGAACUCUAUAACUGGAUCCGGAGAGAUGGGAGGUCCUGCUGUCUGCCUAAAGGCGAAUGGACAGGGCUCAUCGAAACUUAGUUUAUCCCUCAUGAAACUUAAGAAGGAAGAUGUGGAUAUUCCCGCUCUUCUGAAGCUCACUAGAGGAAGGAAGUUGGACCUCAAAAACUCUUUUUUCAAGCAUUCCCCCCCAAAACACAUGGCUUUUACCCUCCUUAAAGAGCGAAUUUUCACCACCCACGACUGCUCCAUCUCUUAUGCUGGACUGGAGAAGGCCAGCUGCCAAGCAUCGGUUGAUUUUGGUCAGGUGUACGCGAAAGACGGCUUUGAAAUUCAGUUAGGCUCUAAGACUGCAUUACACAUCCCACCGGAGACUGUGAUGGCUUACAGUGUCAUUGAAAUGAACAUCGAAAGUGACGGCUAUUUUGAUCUGUGCAUUUGGAAGGACUUGGAAUCAGAUGACAUUUCCGAGAAUCCCAAUCCCACUUUCUCAGAGGUGGAUGGUCAAUGGCCACUAAUGCAGGAAGGUUUCCCGCUUACUACUCUAAAAAACGCACUUGCAGAAGUUCAGACUAGGUUUUUGGCACUGGCUGACUUGUCUGCUGAAAGCCGUUCCUCCCUCCUUCUCCUGUUGAGGAAAAUUCUGAUGGACCGAUCUGUCUUGUCAGCUUUGGUGGAUAGACUUGAGGUGUUACGCAGCGGUGAAGCUCCAUGCUUUUUAAACAACGAGUUGUCUGAAAAACAGAGCCAGAUGAUUGAUGAAUUUGUAGACUUACUGAAAGGCGAAAAACUUGGCAAGAGUGGACUUACCACAUCAACGUCAUUGUCCAGUUACAAUGGAUGUCAGAUAUCAACAGCCAAUCACAGUGAUCCUCUUGUGGCAUCUGAGUUAAAUGGGUCAAGUCCCAUACCAGAAGAACAGAAUGGCUGUGACAUGGCUAUAUCCCAUCAGAACGAAUGCUCAACAGAAGCAAGCAGGGAGAGCGUGGAGCGUAUGAAUGUUAUGGAAAUGCUGAUCAAUGCUCUUGAGGAACUCAUCGAUGCUGGACUGGACCUGCUAGAGCUGUUCUACACUUCUGAAGCUCUCCAAAGUCUACAGGAUUUAGUUAUUCAUCUGACUACAAGAGAUAUGCCUAUCUGCAAGGACUCCAUGCCUGUUUUUCUCCAAAGUGACGACGAAUUCAACAGAGUCGAGGAACUUUUUAAGUCAUGCAAUGUUUUACUAAAGAAAGAGAAUGACACGUUAACCUCAGAAAUUACCUGUAAAGAGGGCUUCCUCCCAAUUAUUCUGUGCGUUGCCAUCCAUGGCCUUGCAUCCUUUUACUAA